CCCCCCCUGCCUUUCCCCCUCUUUCUGUGUAUCACUGCUUGGGGGGCUUUAAUCAGUUUUUAAACGAUUAUUAUCACCUCGCCCUCCCCUCCCCUUCCACCACGCGGUCCCCCACCUUUACCUCCUCAAGUUCUUCACCCCUUUCGACAUUUUUUUUGAAGGCUGAUGGGGGGAAGGGUGGAAGAGAAAGAGUGAAGAAAAGUUGCAAACGUCUCUCUUCCUAAGCCUCCCGCCCCCACCCCUCCCCAGAGAAGGAGAAGAUAAUAUAGUGAAAAGAAGAGGAGGAGGAGAGAGCGACGGGACGGGACGCGAGCGGCAGCGCAGCCGCCCUCCCGGCUCCGCGGCGGCGCCUCGCUAGCUCGGGAGGCGAGGGGGGCCCGAGCGGAGACGCCGUGACAACUUUCGUUUCCCUGAGAGGGAGUCGGGAGGUCGGCGGCCCCAGAAACCUUAUGACUACUAUUUGGGGACUGUCAGAAAAAUGCCUCUUUAUGCCACACUUUGUGGGCUGAUGAAGAGUACAUGUAGAUGACAACUUUUCCUCGAAGGAUUUAUGCUAUUUCAUCUCCAUCAAGAAAAGAGAUUGUUAAAGUUAAGGCUUUCAGUCCAGUGUAAAGCUGUUGGCGCGAGGGAGCAAAGGUAAAGAAUGAUGUAAUGCACUGGCUGCCCCAAAGCAUCUUUUGUUGUGGAAUGGUUAUUCCAGUCAUCUCUUUAUGAAUCAAAUGUGAGGGGCUGCUUUGUGGACAGAGUCCUUUGCAAGAGCACAUCAACGGGAAAGAGAAAGAGACAUUCACUUGAAGGGCUCUUGCUGAAAAUGGGUUUAACUCUCCUUUUGCCAGUCACCACCAGCCUGACCUCAUACAUUUUUAGUACAAUGGAGUGGCUGAGCCUUUGAGCACACCACCAUUACAUCAUCGUGGCAAAUUAAAGGAGGUGGUGGAAAAAGAGGACUGAUUGUUGUCAUGGCCCAUGAGAUGAUUGGAACUCAAAUUGUUACUGAGAGGUUGGUGGCUCUGCUGGAAAGUGGAACGGAAAAAGUGCUGCUAAUUGAUAGCCGGCCAUUUGUGGAAUACAAUACAUCCCACAUUUUGGAAGCCAUUAAUAUCAACUGCUCCAAGCUUAUGAAGCGAAGGUUGCAACAGGACAAAGUGUUAAUUACAGAGCUCAUCCAGCAUUCAGCGAAACAUAAGGUUGACAUUGAUUGCAGUCAGAAGGUUGUAGUUUACGAUCAAAGCUCCCAAGAUGUUGCCUCUCUAUCUUCAGACUGUUUUCUCACUGUACUUCUGGGUAAACUGGAGAAGAGCUUCAACUCUGUUCACCUGCUUGUAGGUGGGUUUGCUGAGUUCUCUCGUUGUUUCCCUGGCCUCUGUGAAGGAAAACCCACUCUAGUCCCUACCUGCAUUUCUCAGCCUUGCUUACCUGUUGCCAACAUUGGGCCAACCCGAAUUCUUCCCAAUCUUUAUCUUGGCUGCCAGCGAGAUGUCCUCAACAAGGAGCUGAUGCAGCAGAAUGGGAUUGGCUACGUGUUAAAUGCCAGCAAUACCUGUCCAAAGCCAGACUUUAUCCCUGAGUCUCAUUUCCUGCGAGUGCCUGUGAAUGAUAGCUUUUGUGAGAAAAUUUUGCCAUGGUUGGACAAAUCAGUAGAUUUCAUUGAGAAAGCAAAAGCCUCAAACGGAUGUGUCCUAGUGCACUGUUUAGCCGGGAUCUCUCGCUCCGCCACCAUCGCCAUUGCCUACAUCAUGAAGAGGAUGGACAUGUCUUUAGAUGAAGCUUACAGAUUUGUAAAAGAAAAAAGACCUACUAUAUCUCCAAACUUCAAUUUUCUGGGCCAACUCCUGGACUAUGAGAAGAAGAUUAAGAACCCGACUGGAGCAUCAGGGCCAAAGAGCAAACUCAAGCUGCUGCACCUGGAGAAGCCAAAUGAACCCGUCCCUGCAGUCUCAGAGGGUGGACAGAAAAGCGAGACGUCCCUCGGUCCACCCUGUGCCGACUCUGCUACCUCAGAGGCAGCGGGGCAGAGGCCUGUGCAUGCUGCCAGUGUGCCCAGUGUACAGCCAUCACUGUUAGGGGACUGUCCACUGGUACAGGCGCUCAAUGGGAUCCACCUGUCCUCAGACAAGCUGGAAGACAGCAGUAAGCUCAAGCGUUCCUUCUCUCUCGAUAUCAAAUCAGUGUCGUAUUCAUCUAGUGUGGCAGCGUCCUUACACGGUUUCUCCUCAUCAGAAGAUGCUUUGGAAUACUAUAAAUCUUCCACCACUCUGGAUGGGACCAACAAGCUAUGCCAGUUCUCCCCAGUUCAGGAAGUAUCAGAGCAGAGUCCUGAGACCAGCCCGGUUAAGGAGGAAGCCAACGUCCCCAAGAAGCCCCAGGCUGCCAGGCCUUCAGAUGGCCAGAGCAAGCGACUGCACUCAGUGAGAACCAGCAACAGUGGUGCCACCCAGAGGUCCUUCUUGUCUCCGUUGCACCGAAGUGGGAGCGUGGAGGACAAUCACCACACCAACUUCCUUUUUGGCCUUUCCACCAGCCAGCAGCACCUCACGAAGUCUGCUGCCGGGCCGGGCCUCAAGGGCUGGCAUUCGGAUAUCUUGGCUCCCCAGACCUCGACCCCUUCUCUGACCAACAGUUGGUAUUUUGCCGCAGAGUCCUCUCACUUCUACUCUGCCUCGGCCAUCUACGGAGGCAGUGCCAGUUACUCUGCCUACAGCUGUAGCCAGCUGCCCACCUGCAGCGACCAAGUCUAUUCUGUGCGCAGGCGGCAGAAGCCAAGUGACAGAGCCGACUCGCGGCGGAGCUGGCAUGAAGAGAGCCCCUUUGAAAAGCAGUUUAAACGCAGAAGUUGCCAGAUGGAAUUUGGAGAGAGCAUCAUGUCCGAGAACAGGUCGCGGGAGGAACUGGGCAAAGUGGGCAGUCAGUCCAGCUUCUCGGGCAGCAUGGAAAUCAUCGAGGUCUCCUGAGAAGAAAGACACUUGUGACUUCUAUGGACAGUUUCUUUCUUGUUCACAAAAACUAUUCCCUGUAAAUCUGAAAUAUAUAUAUGUACAUACAUAUAUAUUUUUGGAAAAUGGAGCUAUGGUGUAAAAUCAAAAGAUGGAUCAACCCAGUUGUUCUCUCUUAACAUCUGCAUUUGAGAGGGCAGAUGAUAGAAUUCCCCCUAGACGGAGGAAGCAGUUUUAUUCAAGGAGUUGCACAUGCUCUUGUUCUCACAAAAGCAAGGGCAUUUGGUGUUAGAGGACAAAAUCCCCUACCGUUUUCAUGUUGUGCUACAAAGAGAUCUCAAAUACUCAUCUUUGUCCAGACCCUUCCCUAGUGCACCUUAGUGCUGAGACUGAGCCAGCUGUGGGUCGGGUAGGUAGACCCUGUUAGGGACAGAGCCUAAUGGUAAAUCCAAGAGAAACGAUCACAUCCAAAGCUGAUGCGCAGGUCCAGGCUCACCCGACAGCCGAGUGACGCGCACAUCAUUCUGCUGGACGGACCAUUAGGGCCUUGCCAAGAUCUACUUUCGAACCAACCCAGUACCUCAGACAGGAAAGUCAGGGCUUUCACCACUGCCGUGUCUGGUAGCCCGUUUUCUAGGCGUUGUGAAUAGGUAGGUAGCUAGUCACACUUUGCAGACCAAUUCAAACUGUCUAUGCACAAAAUUCCAGUUGGGGCUGGAUGGAAGUAGUUAUUAUUUUUUUUUUCUCCUUCUCAGCUUUAUGAAGAAAAGCAAGGGGAAACCGCCUAGGAUUCAAUUUAAUGGCCAGGAAUCUGGCAGCGUAAUGAUUUAAGCUAAGGUUGGGAGGCUAAACAAGUCUACCUCCCUCUUUGUAAAUCAAAGAAUUGUUUAAAAUGGGAUCGGUAAUCCUUCAAAUAAAGAUUAACUUGGUUUAAAGCCAAAUGUGAAGUUAUUGGGGUUGGUAGCAGAGAAGCAGCAGCACCUUCAAGUUCUCAGCCAAAGUAGAUGUUCUCCAUUUCUGUUUCACUGCAUGGCUGAUGGCUGGUAAAAUUGUAACAGCAAGGCAGACUUUUAUAGCAAACUACCAAGAGAACCGUGCGUGGAAAGAUUAAGGAAGGUAAAAAUCGCUGAGGAGAAGCAGGAAACUUAUUUCCCUAAUAGCACGUGAUGAGGAUGGUAUUUCUAUAAUUUCCUCAGACUUUCAGACUUACUAAUAGGGCUGAGAGAGGCUUUAGGAAGCAAGGAAUAUUCAGAAUACGACAGUAGAGGAAGGUGAAGACUGUUGAUUUUGUUGGUUGUGAGUAGAGUGGAAAGCCACAGCCAAGCUACUUUCAGAAACUACCCGCAGCGUGGUUUUAGAAGGGGCAGAUCCACGUGGAGCAAGAGCAAGGUGGCUUCUCAGUCCUUGAGCUACAAUCACCGUAUGGAAUCAAUCCUGGCAGCUGAACAUAGGAGGUGAUAAGAGCAAGUACACAAGCGAGAGUACAGAUCUGCUUUUAAACUUCCUGGCUUGAGUUUUAUCAGCGACAGUGUGGUCCUCUUUUGAAACCUUAAUUCACGUCAGCAGCUUUCUUGGGGUGGGGGUGUGGGACGGGUGUCGCCGUUGUUCUUUCCUUUACUGUAAGUGUAGCCAGUUGCUGACUCACAUCUCAGGUUUUUCUAUGUUUGAGAAAUAGACAUUUCUUUGACUAGGAUGUGACUUAAUGUUUCCUAUGGUGACUGCUAAAGCCAGCAUAGAAUGACAUGAUUCAAAACUGACUGAUUUGAUCAUGAGGAUAUGAGCUUCACAGACAUGACGAGUUAUGCACAAAUAAUGUGUGCUGUGACAGGGGUAUAAGAUGAAGGCAGAGGAGAGUAAACUGCAGAGGGAGUACAUUGUUACCAUUCUGAAAAAGUUCUGCUGAGUGAUCUGAGUUAGUUUUUAUAUAUACAUUUACAUCUUUCAUGUAAUCAGACAUCCUCCAGUUUCACAGUAAUUGCUGUGUUAUGUAUACACACACACACCAGAUGUGUAACAGUUCACCGCUUCCAGAAUCUGGUCACAUCUGUCAAACAUUUUUUCAGAAAUGAAAGCAAUAGCUCCAUGUUGAGUAUGUUUCAGGAGGGUUGGAGGACUUGGUUUUAAGGAGAUCUCUGGGCAGAAGUUUGCAUUCCGUCAUUUAGGGUUUCUCUUGGCCAUGGUCCCUGUCCUUCCUUUAACUGUGAUGUAGUCAUACACUACAGCCUUUAGUCCUUGAUCACUAAUGUCAAAUAAUCAGUUCUUGGAAUCAAGACUACCACGCUGAAGGGGCGGCCUCGGGCGAGCCUGGAGCUGCCGGGUGUCCACGGCGUGGUGGCUCCUUCAGCGUGUGAUCGUAGGGGAAGCCCUGGAGUCUACUAGGAUGAUACAGGUGGUGAUUUUAAAGAACAGAACUAGAAUUCUAUGUGAGAAAUGCUGGAAAAUGGUUUAGGGCAUUUGUAAAGUUAGGUCGAAAGACUGUAUAAAUGUUUAAUAUGAAUAUAGUGUUCCUUUGGAGUAAGGCAAGCUAUUGAAUGAUUAAAUUGUGCAUUUCUCAUUUUGAUGUGUCAUGUAUGUUAAUAUGAAAUAAAAUCAAAACUGGUACCUGUUUAUACAUA